AUCUCGAAUAAACCCCCCCACCACCACGGCGGCGCCGCUCCUCCUCCGCAACCCUUCUCCUCCUCCCGCCGCCGCCGCCGCUGCUGCCGCCGGAGUUAACCAGGCAUGACGACGCGCAUCGCGCCCGGCGUUGGCGCCAACCUGCUCGGGCAGCACUCGGCGGAGCGCAACCAGGACGCCACCACCUACGUCGGCAACCUCGAUCCCCAGGUUUCAGAGGAGUUGCUAUGGGAAUUAUUUGUCCAAGCAGGCCCUGUUGUUAAUGUCUAUGUCCCCAAAGACAGAGUAACAAAUCUACACCAGGGCUAUGGAUUUGUAGAGUUCAGAAGUGAGGAAGACGCAGACUAUGCUAUUAAGAUAUUGAAUAUGAUCAAGCUUUAUGGAAAACCAAUAAGGGUAAACAAGGCUUCCCAAGACAAGAAGAGCUUAGAUGUAGGGGCAAAUCUUUUUAUUGGCAAUCUUGAUCCGGAUGUUGAUGAAAAGCUCCUGUAUGAUACCUUCAGUGCAUUUGGAGUGAUUGUGACUAAUCCUAAGAUAAUGCGAGACCCUGAAACUGGAAAUUCACGAGGGUUUGGAUUUGUGAGCUAUGACUCCUUUGAAUCAUCUGAUCAAGCUAUAGAGGCAAUGAAUAACCAACAUCUAUGUAACCGGCCAAUCACUGUCUCGUAUGCCUACAAGAAAGACACAAAAGGAGAACGCCAUGGCACACCUGCAGAGAGAUUGCUAGCAGCAAAUAACCCAGGUUCUCAGAAGAAUAGACCGCACACUAUGUUUGCAAGUGGUCCGCCCACGCAAGGGCUUGCAAAUGGUGCACCUGUGCCUCGACCAUUUUCCAAUGGGACAGUCCCAGCCCAGAUGCAACACAUGCGACCACCACCACCUCCUAUGGCACAAUUUCCUCCCAUGCAAAUGAAUGGUCAGCCUGUCUGGUCUGUUCCGCAGAAUGCACAGCUACCUCCCCAAAUGCCACCGCAAAUGCAUUACAGGCCAGCAGUGAGGCCACCUCCACCAAACAUGAUGCCGCCCCCGCCUCUUGGCAUGGUAAGGCCUCCACCACCUCCAACCAGUAUGCCAGCUCCACCUAUGUGGAGACCACCACCGCCCCCACAACAAGCUGGCGGAAUACCUCCACCCCCUAUGUCUAUGCCGCCGCCGCCACCACCACCUUCCGGUUAAACACACGCUGGCAAAGGUUCCAUGCCAUAUGUCACGUUGUAGCUGUAGACUGUUGAUGUUGGCGCCUUCCUUAUAUUUCCAUGUAACUUGCAAACACUAGGAGAGGAUCAGGAUCAUGAGAAUUUAGCUGACACUGAUACAAACUCUCGAAGUUAACUGUAUUUUGUUGGAAAUGCAUGAAUUUUGUGGUUAGAUGUA